AUGACCCUACCCUUCUGGCCCCUCGUUGGGGUGUUAGUUGUAGUGUUAUAUCUACUUCAACGACCAGCUUCUAGUUUGAAGCAUAUCCCAAUUAUCAGGUACAAUGCGUAUCUACCAGAUUUCAUCAAUCGAUUGUUAUACUACCCCAAAGCUGCCUCGAUGAUCAGUGAGGGAUAUAAAAAGUACAAGGAUAGUCCAUUUCGCCUGCUCACCAGCGAUGGAGAACUGGUCGUCUUGCCAGUGAAAUAUCAGGAUGAACUGAGACAUCUUCCUCCUGCAAAACUCAGUUCUCUACAUGCCCAAUAUGAAAACGCAUUGGGCCAGUAUACCAACAUCAUCAUCGAUACUCUUUUACCUGCUCUGACCGUACGGAAAAGGUUGACGCCCAAUCUAGCCCAAGUCGUCCCCGGUGUCAUCGACGAGCUGCGAGCGGCAUUCGACGCCGCUCUCCCAGGAUGCGAAGACACCUGGAUUCGAAUCAACCCAUGCGAGAUGUUCACCCGGCUAAUCGCCCUCUCGACUUCCCGCAUGAUGGCCGGUGACAUCCUACGCGAAAACGAAGAAUGGCUCAACGUCGCAAGCAACUACGCCGUGAACGUGGGGAUCACAAUUCUCCUACUCCGUCCAGUCCCAAAAUACCUCCGUCCCAUCGUAGCGCCCUUCCUCCCCAGUGUCCGGACAAUGAAGAAGCAGUUACGCUUCGCGAAAGAGCUUUUUAUUCCGCUGGUCCACGAACGCAGACUGGCACAGCAGGCUAAAGACCCAAACUAUACCAAGCCAGAUGAUUUCUUGCAGUGGAUGAUGGAUCUGAGCGAGGAAAAGAAUGAGAACCUCGGACCGGAUACACUAGCGCAUCACAUGCUGCUCUUGGUCACACUGGCGGUUACUCACACCAGCACCAUGGCCCUGUGUCACUGUCUCUAUGAUUUGGUUACUAGGCCCGAGUACAUGGAGCCCCUGAGGGAGGAAAUGAGCCGGACUCUACCUGAUGGUUGGUAUAAGGCGACUCAGGCUUCGCUGAAAGAGCAGUCCCGUCUGGAUAGCUUCUUGCGCGAGUCUCAACGCUUCGCUCCGCCUGGCGAAUUGAACUUCCAUCGCAUCGUCAAAGAACCCAUCACCCUCCAUGAUGGUCUCGUUCUUCCAGUAGAAACACACAUAUGUUUCGCUGCGGGUCCAAUUAGCAAAGAUGAUGCCUUCGUCGAAAAUCCAAUAGCCUUUGAUGGGUUUCGCUGGUGCCAUAACCCCCAGGACCGUUUUAUCCUCACUCCUGAGCUCGCAGAAUCCACUAUGCCAAAUGGUGGUGAGAAGAUACAAGCUGAGAAGCCGACAUCUUCCGCCCAUUUCGUUUCUAUCACCACUACUAACAUGCAUUUCGGGUUCGGGGUCCAGGCGUGUCCCGGUCGGUUUUUCGCGGCGAAUACUUUGAAGGCGAUCUUGAGUCGCAUCAUCCUUGACUAUGAGUUCAAGUUCGUUAAAGAUCUAGGAGGAAAGAGACCUCCCAAUCUUGUAGUUGGGGAGCAUAUUCUUCCAAGUAUGAGUACUGAGAUGCUGUUUCGGAAAAGGCCUAUUGGACUUUGA